AUGGAGGGCCUGUUUUUUAACGUCAAUGGCGGGUACCUCGAAGGGAUCGUUCGUGGCUACCGCAACAGUCUACUUACUGGCCAGCAUUAUGGGAACUUGACCCAGUGCGAGACGGUGGACGAUGUGAAGCUUCAGCUUGGCCCCGCAUACGGAGACUUCCUGGCCUCGCUGCCUCCGAACCCUUCUACCUCCGCGCUCGCGGGCAAGAUGACUGAGAAGUUGGUCGCCGAGUUUCGCUAUCUCCAAGCGCAAGCAACAGGCUCGUUUGCCAAGUUUAUGGAAUAUUUGACCUACGGGUACAUGAUUGACAACGUCGCGUUGUUAAUCACGGGCACGUUACACGAAAGAGAUACCCGCGAGCUGCUCGAGCGCUGCCAUCCUCUAGGCUGGUUCGAAACCAUGCCUGUCCUGUGUGUUGCCACCAAUAUUGAAGAACUAUACAACUCGGUGCUCGUGGAAACACCAUUGGCGCCAUACUUCAAGGGCAGCCUGAGCCACCAGGAUCUGGACGAACUGAACAUUGAAAUUGUCCGAAACACAUUAUACAAAAACUACCUAGAGGACUUUUAUAAUUUUGUCACCACGCAUCCUGAUUUCAAAGGCACCCCGACGCAAGAAGCCAUGUCGGAGAUUCUUGAAUUCGAGGCCGACCGCCGAGCAAUCAACAUUACUCUGAACUCGUUUGGAACCGAGCUAUCUAAACAAGAGCGAAAGAAACUCUACCCGGAGUUUGGAAAACUGUACCCCGAGGGUUCGUUGAUGCUUUCAAGGGCGGAUGAUGUAGAGAACGUUGCCCUCGCUGUUAGCGGGGUAGGAGACUACAAGACAUUUUUCGAUGCCGUCGGGCUGGCCCAGGGCGGUGCUGGCAUGUCUGGAGGAGCAGGCUCUGAUGGAAAGAGCCUGGAAGACUUGUUCUAUCAGAAGGAGAUGGAGCUGUGCAAAGUUGUCUUCACACGGCAAUUCACAGUUUCUAUUGUAUACUGUUGGGUAAAACUACGGGAACAGGAAAUCCGCAACAUCACCUGGAUUGCCGAGUGUAUUGCGCAGCACCAAAAGGAAAGGAUAGGAAACUACAUUUCUGUUUUCUAG